UCGCGCGCGCGCCUCGCCGCGAACCGCGUCCCGGUCGCCGCGCGCGUCGAGCCGCGUCAUCUCGCUCACCACGCGCGUCGCGCGCGCGCGCCGCGCGCUCCCGACGUUCCGUCGCGCGUUUUCAAUCCUCACCGGCGUCGACCUCCCCGCGCCGCGAUCGCGCGCACCGCCGUCGUUCGGCGCGCCCGCGAUGACGGAGACGUCGUGUAAGGGCGACCACGGGCACGAGUACGACGUCGUCGUCAUCGGCGGUGGCUCCGGCGGGCUCGCCGCGGCGAAAGAAGCGGCGAAACACGGCGCGAAAACGAUGUGUCUGGACUUCGUCAAGCCGAGCCCGGCGGGGACGACGUGGGGACUCGGCGGGACGUGCGUGAACGUCGGAUGCAUCCCGAAGAAGCUCAUGCAUCAAGCGGGGAUCCUGGGAGAGUCGUUCAGCGAUGCGCGGGAGUACGGGUGGAAACUCGCGAGCGAAGGACACGAUUGGGGGAAGAUGGUGGAACAGAUUCAAAACCACAUCGGGUCGCUGAAUUUCGGGUAUCGCACGACGCUGCGAGAGAAGAACGUGACGUACGUGAACGCGUACGGACGGUUUAAGGAUAAGAAUACGAUCAUCGCGACGAAAAAGAAUGGACAAGAACAGGUGAUCACGACGGAUAAAGUGGUCGUCGCGGUGGGAGGACGACCGUCGUAUCCCGACGCGCCGGGGGCGAAGGAAUGUUGCAUCACGAGCGACGAUAUUUUUUCCAAGCCCGAGGCGCCGGGGAAGACGCUGUGCGUGGGCGCGUCGUACAUCUCGCUCGAAACCGCUGGGUUCUUGACCGCGCUUGGGUUUGACACGGCGGUGGCGAUUCGAUCGAUUCCGCUGCGUGGAUUUGAUCAAGAAGUCGCGGAGAAGAUUGUCAAGUACAUGGGCGAGCACGGCACGCGCUUCUUACGCGAUUCGCAACCGACGGUGUUCGAAAAGCAAGAGGAUGGCAAGAUCAAAGUAACGUUUGAAAACACCAUGUUCGGAAACACGUUUGAGGAAACUUUCGACACCGUCGUGUGCGCCGUCGGAAGAGACGCGGUUACGGAAGGCUUGGACCUUCCCGCGGCUGGCGUCGAGUUCAACCCGAAGAACGGUAAAAUCGCGUGCGUAGACGAGCAAACCAACGUGGAUAACAUUUACGCCAUCGGCGACGUGCUCGACACGCGCCAAGAGCUCACGCCCGUAGCCAUCAAGGCGGGUGUGCGGCUGAUGCGACGCGUCUUCGCGGAUACUCCGUACAAGGAAAAGAUGAACUACGACCUCGUGCCCACGACUGUCUUCACUCCGCUCGAGUACGGCACGAUUGGCAUGAGCGAAGAGCUCGCGGUGGAGACGUACGGCGCGGAUAAUGUCGAGUGCUACGUGUCUUACUUCAAGCCUUUGGAGUGGACGUUGAACCACGAGGAGCACAAAGGCGUGCCCGUUCGCGGCGACAACGCGUGCUACGUCAAGCUCAUCACCAAUUUGGCUGACGACGAGCGCGUUGUUGGUUUCCAUUACUUGGGACCGAAUGCCGGGGAGGUGACGCAAGGCUACGCCGUAGCGAUGAAGAUGGGCGCGACGAAGAAAGACUUCGAUGAGACGGUCGGCAUUCACCCGACGGUUUCCGAAGAGUUUACGAUUCUCGAAAUCACGAAGCGCAGUGGCAUCGACCCCACAAAGAAAGGCUGCUGAGGAUAAGUCAGCCACCGUGCGCGUGGAGUAGAGUGGAAACUGGGGCGCAUUUUGCCCAUUCGGCUCUUUCCAUACGGUGGCUCGCUUUCGCUAUGAAACACGAAAGCUCUCUCUGCGCAAUUCGAUCAAUGAGGAAACCAGAAACAGUGACGAUGAACGUCGUAAACACACUCAAUGUGUCGACGUCAUUUGAUGAAGCUGGUUUCAUUCUCGAAUGUUCAUGCGAACACGAUUUCUCGCGCAAAUCUAUUUUGCGCGACGAGCGAAAGAUCGCUUCGCGAACGCGAGAACCAUGAUUGAGAUGCGUUAGGGAUCAACAGCAACGAUCAUUGCAUACUUUGUAUUACAGACGUUUACAGACCUACGUCA